UUUUCUGACAAUCAAAUCAGCAGCAGCAAUCCAGGCAAGAAAAUUUGAUAAUCCUGCAAAUCCGAUUCGGCGAUUUUAUCAGUCGAAUCCGUCGAAUCAGAAGGUCGGCUGAGCAAGUGUCCACUCGAAUCGCUUCCUAAUCCGGUGCCCAGUGACUUCCGUCAAACUCGAAGAACGCGAUGCCGACAAUGCUGGAACGGGACGAUAACGAGACCGAAUACGAGGUCAACGAGUGGAUGCGCUUCGGACUACGGCUCGGAGUGUCCACCGCACUGCAUCCCUUCGAGUACGCCAAGGUUCUGAUGCAGAUUGGCUUCGAGCCGAUUGCCCCCGUGCCGGGACGGACCCUGUUCGGGAAUCCGACCAUGAUCCUGCCCAACGUGUUCCAGUAUGCGGCCUACAUCAAACAGGUGGAUGGAUUCGCGGGUUGCUUCCGCGGACUGAGUGCGAAGAUCCUGGGAAACCUGCUGAGCGCGCACUACAGCGAACGGAUCGCUGACGAGCUGGGCUUGGAGGCUUGCGAGGGCAAGCGAGGCAAGAAGAAAGACGACCGCGUCGAGUCGGAACUGGACGACGACGAUGACGGGGCCGCGUUGGACGAUAAAUUCAAGAAGCAGCUGAAGCGCAACCUCGUGGUCCACACGGCCGGCGUGAUCAUCUCGCAGCCGUUCCACGUCAUCUCGAUCCGGAUGAUGGCCCAGUUUGUGGGCCGCGAGCGCAUCUACAGCGGGCUGUGGCAAUCGAUUCGGGAAAUUUGGACCCAGGACGGACUGUUUGGGUUCUUCACUGGGUUCGUGCCGCGUUUGCUGUGCGACCUGGGCUGCCUAGUCAUCUCCAGCUCGGCCACGUACCUCGCGAGCAAGUACCUGAUCCGGGAAGCCGAGGGCCGAGUGUACUUCUCGAGCAUCUCGCAGUUUGUCGUGUCGAGCAUGUUCUACCCGUAUCACGUGGUGUCAACCUGCAUGAUCGUCAACGGGUCCCGGCUGCGGGCCGGCAGCCUACCGAACAUGGAACCGUACCGCGACUGGCGCGAUUGCUACGCCAAGCUCAGGGCCGCCGGCAACCACAAGCGGGGCAAUUCGCUCUUCUUUAGAUACGCGGCGUCUCGUCCCACCAAAAUAUCCCCGGCCGGUGCCGGAUUCGCACCCUAUCCGGAACUGAAAAAGUUCUAGAAAACCUCGGCCAAUGGAACGCCAUUUAGUCAGCGCGAAUCGCCAAGCAACAGUAAAACCUCGACCACCUAAUUGAGAACUACAAUUUGCCGCUUGCAAGCAACAACGGAAAACGGGGAAAGACAGACAACUUCAUCUUCGUAUUGUGUGUGCGUAAACUACUGUAAGUAACUGUUUUGACUUUAGAAAUUUCACUUGUUAUCAACUUUACCUGCAAAAAAAACUCUAGAGGUGACCAAAACGUUCGUAAAAGAUAAAAAAAAAACACAAUCACAUACACAGAAAAAGAGGAAUAUUAUAGAAUUAUGACGAGCACCGGGGGAAGGCGGCAGAGAAAGACAAACAACAAAUAUUAUUACUCAACUUAAACUUAACACACUUGGUGGCAUUUUUCGGUCGCAUUUGCAACUUAUCAAAUAGUAAUCUAUAUUAUGCACUCUGAACACUGAACGCUCGACUA